AUGGCUUCCACAACAAUUACGAGCAACGGCACGACCAAGAGAAAGGCUGCCAAUGGCAUCAGCAACGGCCACGCCAACGGCGCGACGGCGCCCCCCAAGAACGCGGACGACCAGAAGGAACAUGACUUUUUCUGGACUUAUACUGAAGAGCCACACCGGACGCGGAGGUUGGCCAUCAUCAAGGCGCACCCUGAGGUCUUAAAACUAUCUGGUGCCGAACCAUUAACGAAAUAUGUCGUCGCCGGCGUCGUUGCCCUCCAGAUCCUUUGCGCCCACCUCCUCCGAGACACGCCCUUCUGGUCCCUGAAGUUCUGGGCGGUCGCCUACAUCAUUGGCGCCACCUCGAACCAGAAUCUCUUCCUGGCCAUCCAUGAGAUCUCCCACAACCUCGCUUUCAGGUCGCCCCUGGCCAACCGCCUCUUUGCCAUCUUCGCCAACCUUCCUAUCGCGUUGCCCUACAGUGCUUCAUUCAGGCCUUACCAUCUGACACAUCACAAGUCCCUCGGAGUUGAUGGCCUCGAUACCGAUCUGCCUACCGCUCUUGAAGCCGUCUUCCUCGACUCGAUCCUCGGCAAGGCCUUCUUCUGCACCUUCCAGAUCCUAUUCUACGCCCUCCGCCCGAUGGCCGUUUACCGUGUCCCCUUCACCUGGGUCCACUGGCUCAAUGUUGCCGUUCAGCUGUCCUUCGACUACGCCCUCAUUGCCUUGCUCCCGAACUACUUCUCGGUCAACUCGGUCCUGUACCUGAUCCUGUCUUCCUUCCUGGCUGGCAGUCUCCACCCAACAGCAGGGCACUUCAUCGCCGAACACUACGUGUAUGAGCACAUUUCGGACGAAGCCAGAGACCCCGAGAACAAGAUCCCUCUUCCUGAGACCUACAGCUACUACGGCAUCUUGAACUUUUUCACUUACAAUGUCGGUCUGCACAAUGAGCACCACGACUUCCCUGCGAUCCCCUGGACUAGACUGCCCAAGUUGAACAAGAUUGCCAAGGAGUUUUAUGAUCCCCUGCCUACACACGAGAGCUGGGUGUAUGUGCUUUGGCAGUUCAUCUUUGAUGACAAGAUUGGCAUGACGAGCCGUGUCAAGAGAAAGCAGGGAGGGAGAGUUGUGGGUGGUGGAAAUGUUGCUGCCAAGGCCAAAGUGGCGGACUGGACAGCUGAGGAGAUUGAGGCUUAA